UUUAGGAAGCACAUGUGUUCAUCAAUGCAGAGAAGGAACGUGACGUCACAGAGGAGCGGAUAAGAGCAGACCUCAACAAAGGUCAGGCCCAAGCUUCUACACAGUGGGCGAGGAGGAACUCCAGGUCCACCGACAAGGAGGAGUUGGUGGGCACAAACUACAGAAAAACAAACGCUGCUAUGGAAAUGAGGCGAAUAAACAGAGACUCCUUCUGGGCACGAGCAGAGCGUGAAGAAGAAGAGAGAAAGGAAGAAGAGAGAAGGCGAGCAGCAGAAGAAAGACGGCGCCUUGAAAAAGAGCGAAUUCUAAGGGAAAAAAAGGAUGCGGAAGAAAGAGACAGGAAGAUGGAGCAGAAACUGCAAAUGAUUGAGGAGCAAAGGAGAAAACAGACAGAGAAGGAAGAAGAGAUGUGGAGAAAAGAGAAAUCCAAAUGGGAGCAACAGCAGCAGAGGGACCACGAGGAAGAUAUGAGGGCUUGUCUGAGGAGGAGUGAGUCCAUAGAGAAGGCUGCUGAGGCAGCAGCAUUAGUAUCCCAACGUACAAUGAACCCGAGGGAGUUCUUCAGACAAUUGUCUUCAUCAUCAUCUCAAAGUCCCACCAGCCCUGGAUCCUCACGUAGUGGUACACCAUUCAGACGAUACCAGCGCAGCCUGACAGACACAGCUUUUAUUUUCUCCAAGACAGAGGAAAGCACAGCAUCCUCCCCCCGUAGUCCUCCACUGGUCUCCCCCUUCUCUCGGAUUCCUCCUUCACCCAUCUACCGUUCAACAACUCCCCCUAAAAGCCCUGAUUUCCGUCCCGUCAUCUCUCCCCACAGACCUACAGCCCUUGCGUCACCACCAACAUCACCCCUUCGCACUGCCCCUCCACUUGCAUUCCUUCCCAGUGAUCCACAGACUAAUGUUCAGACCCAUGUUGAGUCCAAAACUCCAUCACCCACAGAACCGUCUGCACCUCCGGCUUCACCCAGCAUCAUGACGUCUUUGUCCCAGGGUUUAGUAAAAGACCGCAUCUCUGAGUUACAUUCAGAAACCCUGCCUGCCUCUCCCCCGAACACCCCAAAUCAGCCAGAACAGAUGACCUUUGACUUUGAUUGUGAUUUGAGUCCAAUGGCUCCAAGUGUCCCUCUCCCUGACAGACCACAUGUCAACACAGACCUCUCCACAGUGUGCCCUGAGCUGGUCUUAGACACUGGCUUCACAGUACAGGCUGUUCUGGUGGAGGAGGAUGAGGAAGAGGAGCUGGGAGAGAAUGAGGAGGAGAAGGCGGACACAGAACCAGAGCACCAGGCUGUUAUCACAGAACCAGAGCCCAGUGAGGCGGAAGUUCAAGAGAUAAAAAAAGAAGAAGAAGAAGAGGAGGAAGAGAUGGAAGAACGGGUAGAAGAAGAGAAUGAAGACACAGAGGAAAACAGAGAGGAAGCAGAGGGAAGUUUGAAAGAGGACGUUGAGACUGCGUCAGGGGAGGAGCCAACGAUGAUGGCGAAGGAUGGAGGUGGGGAGGAGAAUGACCAGUCAGAGGAAGAAAGUCAGGUCCAGUUUGAGCCUAUUGAGCAUUUAGAGAAUGAAGAUGCAGCCUACACAGUUGCUGAGAUAGCAUUUCAAGAAAUCCAGGACGAGGCUGUCUAUUUGUCAACCAAUGACAUUACAAACAGAGAACACACAGAGGACCAGAAUGGCAUAGAGAGAUCGCUGAGUCUCUCUGACACAGACCUCAGCUCACCAGAGCUGACCGGGAGCUAUGAUCUUCAUGGCUUGUCAGAGGAGGAUCACAUGACGGAGGUGAAGGAAGAGGAGUUCUUAGAAAAUGGACAAGAGGUUUUACCAGAGCAGCAAAUGUGCGUCCGAGCCUUGUAUGACUACCAAGCAGAGGACGAGUCUGAGAUCUCCUUUGAACCCGGUGACAUCAUCAGGGACGUGGAAACGGUGGACAAAGCAUGGUGGAGGGGGUGGAGCAAAGAUGGACGCCAAGGGUUGUUCCCUGCCAAUUAUGUGGAGACCAUAUAGACCAACAAAGAUGCACUAUCAUACACACACGUGCACACUCAGGGACACCACCUGCCCUUUACAGUCAUACAGUUUUUACUUCAAGCCUCCUACUUUAACUUUGUUUACUCUACUUUGCAACAAGGAUAAAACAUAGUGUGGCUCUUUUUUGUUUUAAUGAUUUUGAGGAAAUCACAGUAUUCUCACAAGUAUGCAGAAAUUACCCCAGCCUCAUUUUCCUGGAUAAAACAGCACAGACAUUUUUCCUGGACCAAAAUAACUCAUUUCCCUUUGAGAUACAGUAGGAAUGUUGGUGGGAGAGACCAGAUCAUGAUAACAAAUGAUCACAAACUUGCUCCCCGUGUGAGAAAGAUUUUACAGAUUUUAUUUUAGUGUCUCGUCCUCUUUUUGAUCCACACAUAUAACAAGCAUUCCUCUCCUCUUACUGUUUGCUUUUGUGUGUUACAUUAGUAAGAAAUAAUUUACAGCUCUUGACUGGUAUACUAUAUAAUUAAGAUGAUUCAUGUAUCAGACAGCACAUUGUAAUCGUCUUCCUGCAUUUCCUGAGUUAUUGUCUGUUUUUGUUACUGAGUCUCACAGCAUAUGUUAAUUACACAAAGGAGAGCAGCAGCAUAACAAAAGAAAUGAGCAAAGGACAAAGACACUGUGUUGACACCUGUGUUCUCGCUCUUACUCUAUAGGUGGAAUGUAUUUUGUAUAAAUUGUAGCUGCCUCCCUAUACACUUUACUUUAGUCUUAACUUUUUCUAAAAAAAAAAAAAAAAAAUUAAAGAUAUGAAACAAAAUCUUCAGAUUUGAAAUCUUCUAAUACCCUGCACUGUAUAUAAGAAUGUAUAAAAACCAACAAAGAUUUGCUCUAUACUUUUGUCUCUUUCUAGACUUGUGUUUGUAAGCUGUUGGUAUGUACUUCCUUUCUAUUAACUUACAAAUAUAUAGCUUGAUGAAGUAAAA